GGAACGAAAGGAUCCAGAAGAUAAAGACAAGAUGCAAUACACACGGCUGAAACCUCCUGUCUCUGGAGCCGCAGCCGCCCACACCGCACACCAGAAGGCCAUAAUUGAUUGGGGAUGAGAAAGGAAGUGUCUCACCGGCAAUCAACACUCUGAGACACGCCCACACGAGUGUCAUCCAAUCAUCAGUCAUGUCUCCCUGUCCCUCCAGGCCUCCUUCUGUCUUUUCCACUCGCCGGCCCUCUGCCUCCGAUACUCCGAUAUGCACUCCUUGACCAGCCCCCGGGCCUCCCUCUUCAUCUUGGCGGCCAUCUCACCCUCACCAUCCACAGGGCCGCACAUGGCCACCUUCAGCAGGUCCCCACACGCAUCUCGCCAUUGGUGCAGACGCGCACAGGCGAUUCCUCGGCGGUAGUGCGCCUUCAUGGCCGCCGAGCGGUCCUCAGGCGAAGCCGUGGCGUCCUCCGUGUGUGUGAGAGCGGCCGUGCAGUCGCUGACGGCCUCUCUGUAUCGGUGCAGCUUGAGAUAGCACGACGCCCUGUUGAGCAGGAGGGUCCGCUCAGCCGAUAAGAUCUCUGCGCUGCGGUCGGCCGACGUCAUGCUGGGCUGCCCAUAGGACUGCAGGAGGCCCAGGGCGCUCGUGUAGUGGUCGAGGGCUGCCCGGUGGUCGCCUCUGCUGAAGAGUUUGUUGCCUUUGGCCUUUUUCUCGAUGGCCGACGAGAGCAGAGUGCGGCGGACGGCCCACCCAGGCCCUCCGCCCUUGCCGAUCUGCACCUUCAUGGGCUUCCCCUGCCUCCCCUUAGCGGACUCAGCCCUCUCCUUCACAAACGCACUGCCUGCGUGGUGGCUGGUGGUGGUGGUGAUGGUGGCCGCCCGUUGGUCAGCCCCGGCGUCUCGGUCAAGCCUCUCUGCCUCUUGGUCAGCCCAUCUGUCCCAGGCGGCGUAGUAGGCCUUCAUGUCGGCCUUGUCGCGCUGCAGCUGACGCGCCUCGCCCUCCGCCUCCACCUGGUUGUCCUUUUGCGGGGCAGUGGCGGCGUGCUUGAAGGGGUUGUCCACCUUGUGUUUGGUCUUUGGGGCCCUCCUGAAGUCCUCCUGCCACUGGUAGAGGUCGUCGAUGUAGCUGCGGGUCUCAUCGGCGUUGCGGCGGAUCUGGUGCUGAAUCUCCAUGACGUUCCGCUGGGCACUGACGGCCAUUGUGGUGGGCUCGUGGCUGACAGGGGAUGCUGGAGACCAGUCGCUCUAGUCUUUUCGGUGAAGACGGUAACAGCUGCGAGACGCCCCCAUGCAACGUGCUGGCCAAUGCUCGCAUCCCCUUUACCGGAAGGUCGCCCUUCUAUCUCAGACACUCACACACAAUGGCGAAUUGGCAGAGGGGGA